CCGCCCGCCAGCCCGAGCGAGCGGCCCGGGGCGCCGAGGGGCCCCGCCGCGCCGGGCGCCGCCAGCCUGGCCGCCAUGUGCUCCCAGCUCUGGUUCCUGACGGACCGGCGCAUCCGCGAGGACUACCCGCAGGUGCAGAUCCUGCGCGCCCUCCGGCAGCGCUGCUCCGAGCAGGACGUGCGCUUCCGGGCGGUGCUCAUGGACCAGAUCGCCGUCACCGUCGUCGGCGGCCACCUCGGCCUACAGCUGAACCAGAAGGCACUCACCACCUUCCCAGACGUGGUGCUCGUCCGGGUGCCCACACCCUCAGUGCAGUCGGACAGUGACAUCACGGUCCUGCGACACCUGGAGAAAUUGGGCUGCCGCCUAGUCAACCGCCCACAGAGCAUUUUAAACUGCAUCAACAAAUUCUGGACAUUCCAAGAGCUGGCUGGACAUGGGGUGCCCAUGCCAGACACUUUCUCCUAUGGUGGGCAUGAAGACUUUUCAAAAAUGAUCGAUGAAGCUGAGCCCCUGGGCUACCCGGUUGUGGUGAAGAGCACGCGAGGACACCAGGGAAAAGCUGUUUUUCUUGCAAGAGAUAAACAUCACAUCUCAGACAUCUGCCAUCUCAUCCGCCAUGAUGUGCCCUACCUGUUCCAGAAGUAUGUGAAGGAGUCCCACGGAAAAGAUAUCCGGGUGGUGGUGGUAGGGGGCCAGGUGAUAGGCUCUAUGCUCCGCUGCUCCACGGAUGGACGGAUGCAGAGCAACUGCUCUCUUGGUGGUGUGGGUGUCAUGUGCCCACUGACAGAACAAGGCAAGCAGUUGGCUAUUCAGGUGUCCAACAUCCUGGGCAUGGACUUCUGUGGCAUUGAUCUCCUCAUCAUGGACGAUGGCUCUUUUGUGGUGUGUGAGGCAAAUGCCAACGUCGGUUUCCUAGCCUUCGACCAGGCAUGCAACUUAGAUGUGGGUGGGAUCAUUGCAGACUACACCAUGUCCUUGCUGCCAAAUAGGCAGACUGGGAAGAUGGCCGUCCUCCCAGGACUGUCGAGUCCCAGGGAGAAGAAAGAGCCAGAUGGCUGUGCUUCAGCUCAGGGAGUUGCAGAAAACGUCUACACCAUCAACAGUGGGUCUACCUCUAGUGAGAGUGAGCCUGAACUGGCAGAGAUCCGAGAUUCCUCAGCAAGCACAACAGGGGCCCCGCCCCCCAUGCUGCCCGAACCCGGCUACAACAUUAACAACAGGAUUGCUUCAGAAUUAAAACUUAAGUGAAUUCCUACUUUUUGGCAGCGUAUAAACCAAAUCCUAUUGCUUCCUUAGUAGUUUUGAGUGAAUAAAAUCUGGACUAAUGUGAUUUCAUUUGCACAGAAACUAGAAAUCCCAUCUGGGCACUCAGCAUUCUUUAUAACGAUGAUUUAAGCAAAUGGCCUAGCUUUGUGGUUUUUACGAAGACUAAUUUAAAAACACUCACCAAGAACAACAUCCCGACUGAUCAAUUCGGGCCCAUGUCUGCUGCGAGCACUUGGAUAUUAUGGCUGACUUAAGGCACUGACUCUGUGCUGGCUUCUGGCUUCUAGCAAUAGAGCCCAUUUUCUCAGAAUGGCUCCUGGAAAUACUACACUCAAAAGCAACCCCCUGAUGGAGACGCAUGCAGAAGAGGUGGAACGUGACUGUAGUUAUGUGCUCUUCAUUAAGUGUGUGCGUGUGAUGCUUGGAGACGACUCAGUUCAAGCACUAUAAGAGGGUCAGCCUCUGCUCCCCUGACAGUCACCAUCUUGACCAUGUUUCUCUGACACUCAGGAUAUGGUGUUUUAGGGAGCUUCCUCAUUAGCAUUUUCAAUGAAGCACUUUGUAGAAAGCAAGAACAAAUGUUCUUUGACUUCACUCGUUGGCAAAUGUCCUGCUCUGUAACUGGGGCUUUCUACAAAUUGCUUUGCCACUACGAAUUUAUGGACCCUGCUUCAACUAAUGCCAGCCCCAGCAGCCUCUCGCACCUUUGCUGCCUUCGGCCUCAGCUGGAAAUGCACUUCAAUGAGCCAGUGGCCACACACUUUCUUUCUUAAGCGUGCACUAGAAUCGAACACCAUGGACUUUCUUUUCAGUGGACUUUGUUCAGAUGUCAUCCAGAAGCCAGUGGGUUUUUGUCAUGGAAAGCUACUGGGAGAUAAUCAUUUUCCCCCUCCUCUACUGGAACUUUGUGGAGUGCUUAGCUCUUGGAGGUUUUCUUGUAUGAGAUGGUGUCGUGGGCCUGUUAGGUAGAGCCAUUGGAAACACACUCCAAUACCCUUGACAUUCUAGUCUUAUCCAGGUUCCAGAGACCUGUCCUUACCCACUUUUCCAAACCUGGGAGACUCAGGUAUCAGGAAUACUCAUUGCACAUUUCGGGGGAAGUCGGAUAAUGCAGACAUGACACCAAGUGCUUUUCAUUUUAACUCUUCAAGCAGUAGAGGAUGAUCCUUCCUUUGGGAGACAUCAUGGAGAUGGAAUGUUCCAUUUCUGCUUAUAUGAAGUAUGACUGAAAAUGAGCAAGACUACCUUUUGAACCAAAUACACUAAACAUAUGCACUCAAGAGUUCCCACAAUUGGAGUUAUUUCCUUCGGAGACCAUACUCUUGAGCUGUGAUGUUGCAUGUGCCAACAACACAUAGAAUUCCUCUUUGGAGUUAUCUUCGAAGCCAUGCAAGGAAAGAGGCCUCACAACCUUAAAGUCAGAUCUUGUUUUCACACCACCCUUCCCCCAUGGUAGUCCCAAGCUCCAUCACUUAUGUUAUGUAUCGGUCUUACCUUUUAAUGCUCUUUGGCUGUUAAGAAAUCAUUCCUCAAAAAAUAAAUCUACCCUUAAAGGACAAAGACUUACCAACAUUGAGGAAGGUUACAAGUGGACCAUUGCCAAGGAGGGUUCUAGAAAUGUUCUGAGUAAGGCCAGCUUCACUGGACUAAACAGACCAUACAUCUUCCCAAGGUGACUACUUCGAAGGCAACAACACCCAUUUGGGUGUAUAAAUUCCUGUACUUAUUCUGCUGUAAAUGGAAAAUGUGUAUAGAGUCAAACUAUUACAUUUUUUCACAACACAUUUAAGUAGAAAUUGGCUUUUAAAAUAUUGUGGCUAAAAUCAGAUCUCACCAAGUAACAAUUGUACAAUGGAAAAAUGUUCAGCACCAUGUAAUGGAGAUGUCACGCUGUACAGAUGUAGUUUAAAUGCAGUCCAACAUAGGGUGCAUGCCACUGAAGUGUAACUCUAGUAAUGUGUCUUGUACAGUUGAAAAUGAUAAUACUUCACCUGUAUAUAGGUUAAGACAUGUACCUUACCUUUACCACUCAGGGUGGGUUUAGAAGAAGGAUAGUUCUAGGUCUGUUCUUGCUGGAAUUGGCCAGAUGCUUUCCGUGUAAACAUGAACCACGUGAUGACCUUCUGGAAGCUGCAUUCACUCCUCCCCACUGUUUAGUGUAAGCCCAGUCUCCCUACUUUAUCUAAAAGGAUGCCAGUGGGUCCCAUCCUGAGCACAGCAGCUAGAGAGUGCUUCCAGAUUUGUCAGAGGGGGCCCAUUUUCCAGCUGCCAGUGACAUCUGUGGUCAUUGGCAUCAUUCCUUGGAACCGAUCCCUGUCCGGAAGCAGAGAAAGCUGGAUCCCUGCCGCGUCAGAGCCCCUUUCCAGGAUUUCCCAUACUGGCUGUGGACCCUGUCAGCCUCAGAUGGGAGGCCAGGCCACCCUUGUCACAGCUGCCCACAAGGCCUACUGGAAGCAACAUGGGGCACAGAGCCAGGUCCUGGUUCUGGCUUUCCCCUUAAACAGCUGAUGGAACCUGGUGCAAUCAGGUGGACUCCGCGUCCAUUUUUCCCUUCUUCAGCUAGGGCAGAUGCCUGCUCUGUUUCCCUCUUGGGCCUACUCUGAGAGUAAAGUGAGUGAAUUACUGAGAUUGUAUCAUGUGUGAGCUGAUGGAAGAACACUUCUCACACCUGGUUUUGUAACAGCUUCUCAUCACCCCUCCUCUGAGGGAGUUAAGAAAGAGGCCGUGAAUUCUUGACAUCAGCACACUAAACAGUGGCAGGGGCCCUGGAAAGGAUGCAGCUUCUCACAGGCCUUACGACCUGAAAGGAGUAAGGCUCUUAGUGUAUUCAAACAGCUUUCUGGAUGUUAGCGUGUAGAACCUGAAACUCUUGACUCAUAGACCAACUAACAGUCUUCCUUAUGUAACAUAAAUUGCAGUGUGUGUAUACGGUCUCCCAUUAUCUGGUAGUAGCAUCUUGAAACUGGUCAAAACUUGAAUGCCAAUAGCUCAGUCACUCAGAAUAUAUAUGAUUCUGCACUUGGGAAAGA